AUGUUUGAAGCACUUUUAAGUCAAGGUUUAAUGCUUAAAAAAUUAUUAGAAGCUAUCAAAGAACUUGUUACAGAUGCAAAUUUUGAUUGUAGUGAGACGGGUAUUGCACUUCAAGCCAUGGAUAACUCACACGUAGCACUAGUAUCACUUUUAUUAAGUAACGAAAUAUUUUCUACAUAUCGAUGUGAUAGAGGUUUUUCUUUGGGUGUAAAUUUAACUUCUCUUAACAAGUUAUUGAGGUGUGCCGGAAAUGAUGAUACUAUCACAUUAAAAGCCGAUGACAAUUCUCCAGAGACUUUAGCCAUGGCAUUUUCAGCUCCAAAGCAUUUAAGUAUUCCAGAAACAGUAUAUGAUGCAAUAGUAAGUUUACCGUCUGCCGAGUUUCAAAGAGUAUGUCGUGAUAUGAUGGUUAUUGGCGAAACUGUAAGAAUUGAAAUUGACGGUGAUGAGAUUAGAUUCAUUACAGAAGGUGAACUUGGUAAUGGCAACAUAAAAUUGAAACCAACUUCCCCCAUGGAUAAAGAAAUUGUUGAACCCUAA